UUUUUUCUUUUGUUCUUUCACAUGUGUGUGUAUACAUUUCCAUUAUCAUAUAAAACUUCAACUUUACUUUUUCUCUUCCGAAAAAAACACUAUCUUCUUCUUCUUCUUCAUCAAAUUCUAUUGAUUCUCUACUUUUUUUUCUCCUCAUCCAUGGCCAUCUCACCUAAUUCAAGCUCUUUAGAAUUAACAAUAUCAAUUCCAAGCUUCUCUCCAUCUCCUUCAUCACCUGGUGAUUAUCACGGGAUGAGAGAUUUUGACAUAAACCAAACUCCAAAGAUGGAAGAAGAUCAUAUGAUGGGUGCAACGCAACAUGCCAACGAAGAGGAUAGUAACUCUGGCGGCAAGCGACGCAAAAAGCUCCGUCUAACCAAAGAGCAAUCACAUCUUCUUGAAGAGAGUUUCAUACAAAACCAUACCUUAACCCCUAAGCAAAAAAAAGAUUUGGCCACCUUUUUGAAGCUUAGUCAAAGGCAAGUUGAGGUGUGGUUUCAAAACCGAAGAGCUCGGAGUAAGCUAAAGCACACGGAGAUGGAAUGCGAGUAUCUAAAGAGAUGGUUCGGGUCGUUGAAAGAGCAAAACCGACGGCUACAAAUAGAAGUUGAAGAGCUACGAGCUCUAAAGCCGUCAUCGACCUCGUCUUUAACCAUGUGUCCUCGGUGUGAAUGUGUGACUGGUGCAGCAGAUAACGACUCUAAUGCCGUUCAGGAGGGGGCAGAUGUGAGCAGCCGGUCACGGAUGACAAUUUCCUCUUCCUCUUCCCUCUGUUGACUGGUUUUGGUUGAAAGUCAAAAAGUCAAAAGAUUGAAACGCCUGUUUCGGGUGAAAAAGCAAAGAUUUGAUGAUGAUUAGGAGGAUUUUGUGUAUAGUUCGCUAAUUAUAUAUUAUACCAACCAAUGAGGACAUAAUUGUUUGAUCCUCGUUUUAUAGUUUUUUUUUUUCCUUUAAGAAAACAGCGUUUGUAGCUUUUUCGUGUUAUUUAUUUAUAAUUUUAUUUUUCGUGAUUAACCGGAAAAAACAA